AUGAGAGUCGCUCAGGGCGUGUUCGCCCUCUUCUCCUGCUUGACGACUGUUGCGCUCGCUGCAUCUGCAUGGACAUUUGACGAUGCUACGCUCACCAUUCAAGGGAAGGGGUCUGGCGUUGGAGGAGGUGCGAAAGAGAAGCUCUCUCCCACUUCGCCUCUCUCGAAACCUGUAACGCUCUCGGCGACGGAUACUCUCAAGAUAACCUUGACGACAAAAGAAGGAAAGUCUGGAGCAAGACCACACCAGGCGUUUUUGACCCUAAAUGACCCAGAGACCGGUCUACAAGAGUCAUUCGUGCUCAGCGUGAAGGAGAAUGGGAAGGCAAAAGUCGAUGUGACGCAGAAGGACCUGCCAUACCAGCUGUUGACCAGCUCCAAGCCGCUCCAAGCGUCGAUUAUCCUGGCUUCCUUUGGAUCCUCGACACCAUUCGAUCAGCAAGCAUUCUCUCUCAACGUCGAGACGGAUGCCAGUGCACCUCCAUCUGCCCCAUCCCCAGCUGAGCGAUACACCAGCAAGCCCGAAAUCCACCACAUAUUCCAAGACGGGCCCAAGUCGCCCCCGAAGAUCAUCAGUCUCGUCUUCACUCUAGCAGUCCUGGCGACUCUGCCUGUGCUACUCGGUGCAUGGCUGUUCCUGGGUGGUAACGCCGACCAAGCUGGAAAGGCGUUUGGCGCAAACCCUGCCGCUCAUGGCCUGUUCUUCGGCAGCAUCGUAGCGAUGGAGGGCGUCUUCUUCAUGUACUAUCUCAGCUGGAACCUGUUCCAAACGCUGCCGGUGGCGGCGUUGGUGGGCACGGUGGCAUUCGUGAGCGGAAGCAGAGCAUUGACGGAGGUACAGCAGAGGCGGUUGGGCGGCGAACGAUGA